AUGGCCGCCCCACAAACGGAUUUUGAAGAAGUCAUCCCAGGUACCCGUCGCCUUUAUGAUGAGAAUGGCAACAAUCUACCUGGAGAUGAUUCGCUCUUGAAACACGGCCAUAUCGUUCUUGUACCGCAACCCUCGGAGUCACCGAACGAUCCAUUGAAUUGGUCCACGUCUAGGAAGGCCUGGCACUCCGUUCUGGUCCUUUAUGUCGUCGGUCUCACAGCGGCAACAUCUAACAAUGCUGGAUCUGGAUCAGACGGUGUCAACGAAGAGUACGGAAUCAGCUACGAUGUUUUCAACACCGGUGCUGCUGUCCUUUUCAUUGCUAUCGGAUACUGGACCUUACUGAGUUCGCCUCUGGUCCAUUUGUACGGUCGCCGUCUUGGAUAUAUUAUCUCUAUGCUGGUCAACAUCGGUGGUCUUAUAUGGUAUGGCCGAAUUACCAACGUUGCUGGUGUCGUUUGGAGUCAGCUGUUCGUCGGCGCAGCAGAGUCGGUUGGUGAAGCCACCGUCCAGCUUUCGCUCCUUGAUAUUUGGUUCGAGCACCAAACAGGUAGUGUCUUGGGUAUCUAUACCUUUGCAACUGCUAUUGGUACAUACCUGGGUCCACUGAUUGGUGCUCACUUGGCCGACGGUCUUGGGUGGCGGUGGAUUGGUUAUGCAGGUGCUAUCAUCUGUGGGGUCAGUCUCCUUGUCAUCUUUUUCGGUCUUGAGGAGACAGAGUUCAAUCGCGACCGCUAUCUGGCGGGAAACGGAGAUCGAUGCCUAGUCGCCCAAGCCGUAGAGAAGCACAACAGCGCAGACAACUCUUUCACCAACGCGGAGGAUGGACAUCCAGAUGAGACUGCUCGCGGACGAAUGUCACUGUCCUACAGUCGCCGCAAGACAUACUGGGACCGCGUCAAGAUUAUCACUCCUGCGCCCAACCUUCGCGGUACUGGUGCGAAGCAGUACCUCCAUCGCCUGUGGCAUACCCUGCGCGUCUUCACCUUCCCAGCCGUCUGGUACGCCGGUCUUCAAUGGGGACUGCAGAACAUCUGCCUCACCUUCUAUCUGACCGUACAAGAAGAUUGGUGGUACAACGAGCCCUGGAACUACACCCAGACCGAGGUCGGCAACAUGAACUUGCCGACCCUCAUCGGAAGUCUGAUCGGAUGUGCGUACGGCGGUUACGGCAGCGACAAGUUCAUGCAGUGGAUGAUUAAGCGCAACAACGGCGUCAUGGAGGCUGAGUUCCGUCUGCACCUUAUGGCGCUUUGCACCCUCAUUUUCCCGACUGGCAUGUGGCUCUUUGGUAUUGGAUCGGCCCGUGGUUGGGACUGGCCGGUGCCAUACGUAGGUUUGGGUUUCAUUGGCUUUGGAUACGGCUGUGCUGGCGAUCUGAGUCUGUCUUACCUUGCAGAUUCGUUCCCUGACAUGGUUCUCGAGGGCAUGGUGGGCGUUGCCGUCAUCAACAACACCAUUGCCAUGCUGUUCACUUUUGUUGCGAGUUACUGGAUCGACUCCGGGAUGGAGAACUGCUUCAUAGUUCUUGGUGUGCUUAGCUUUGUGGUCAUGGCUUCGAGCUGGCCCAUGGUCGUGUAUGGCAAGCGCACGCGUCGUUGGGCGAGAGACAGGUACUUGAAGUUCGUGGAGAUCCGUGAUGGGUUCUCGAAGUAGGUCCCAGGAUUACGCGCGUAGACGAUGAAGUUGUGCAGCAACGCAUUACGACCAGUACUAGAGAGGGAACAGGGAGAAGUGGAUGCAAUGAUUCUGGACUCCUCCGUUGGGUGCAUGGCAAUCGAAUGGCAGGAAGACUAGGCAACGCUACCGACGAGUCUGUCGUACAUAAUGAAGUGGAGCCGAUCAUAUUCUGUACGCGGCUGCCACGCGUUUCGUCAACACAUGAAAGAGUUGUCAAUUGAGGACAGAACGUGAAUCGACAGCGCUAUAUGAGCUCCUCGGCGUCAAAUACUGACAUGCAUGUUCACCGGCAUCCAAAAGCCACG